CCCCCCUCCCCUUCUUCCUGCGAUCCGCGAUGUUACAAAGCCCGUGAGCUGUGCUUUCCCCAUUCGCCUCCUGUCACUUCCUUCCUGGACGCUCUCAGGACGAGUCCGCUUACUUUUAAUCCGACCAGCAGCACGGGCACUUGCGCCUGCUGCACGCUUAGGGACACACGCCGCCGCCGCCGCCACCAGCGCCACCACAGAGCUCCUGGCAGUUCAUUGGAUUGAUUUUCAAGGUUGUGUGUGUGUGCGCGCGCGGGCGUGCGCGCGCGCGCCCGUGUGCAUGUGUGGUUAAAGGAGGCUGCGUGUUGGACCAGGUGGGGAACAUCUUACAAGGCUGGAAGAAUUAAAAGCUUUUUUCCCCGUUCCUUCUCCUCCUAUUCCUCCUCCUCCCCCACUCUACUCAAUUACUUCUCUUUCUCUCUCUUGUUUCUCAAGAAGAGGAAAAAAAUAUCUCAAGGACUCGUCUGAUCAUCCAAACGUUUGCGAUGAACGGAUGCAGGGGUCUGUGAAUUGAAUUGUGUAAGUGCUGAAGAAGGAGUCUUGGUUUGAGGAAACAGGAAAGAGGAAGGAAAGAGAAGAAAAUACAGAAGUAUAGGAACGAACGACAGAAGAAAAACGGGGACUAUGGGGAGAAAAAAGAUUCAGAUCACGAGGAUAAUGGAUGAACGUAACAGGCAGGUGACUUUUACAAAGAGGAAAUUUGGGUUAAUGAAGAAGGCUUAUGAGUUGAGUGUUCUGUGCGAUUGUGAAAUUGCUCUCAUAAUCUUCAACAGCACCAAUAAACUCUUCCAGUAUGCCAGCACUGAUAUGGACAAGGUGUUGCUGAAGUAUACAGAAUACAAUGAGCCACAUGAGAGUCGAACAAAUUCAGAUAUUGUCGAGACGUUGAGAAAGAAAGGACUUAAUGGCUGUGACAGCCCAGACCCCGAUGCAGACGAUUCAGUAGGUCACAGCCCUGAGUCUGAGGACAAGUACAGGAAAAUUAAUGAAGAUAUUGAUCUAAUGAUCAGCAGGCAAAGAUUAUGUGCUGUUCCACCACCUAACUUUGAGAUGCCGGUUUCUAUCCCAGUGUCCAACCACAACAGCUUGGUAUACAGCAACCCAGUUAGCUCAUUGGGUAACCCCAACCUUUUGCCUCUGGCCCACCCUUCCUUACAGCGGAAUAGCAUGUCUCCUGGGGUGACACAUCGACCACCAAGUGCAGGUAACACAGGUGGCCUGAUGGGUGGGGACCUCACAACCGGUGCAGGCACCAGUGCAGGGAACGGGUAUGGCAACCCUCGAAACUCCCCAGGUCUGCUGGUCUCACCUGGCAACUUGAACAAGAAUAUGCAAGCAAAGUCUCCUCCACCCAUGAAUUUGGGAUUGAAUAACCGUAAACCAGACCUCCGAGUACUGAUCCCACCCGGAAGCAAGAACACAAUGCCAUCUGUGGUAACACAUUCUUUUCUUCCUUUCCCUUCAAAGAAUCAAAGGAUAAAUAACUCUCAGUCUGCUCAGUCAUUGGCUACUCCGGUGGUUUCCGUGGCAACUCCUACUUUACCAGGGCAAGGGAUGGGAGGAUACCCAUCAGCCAUUUCAACAACAUAUGGUACUGAAUAUUCGCUAAGUAGUGCAGAUUUGUCAUCACUGUCUGGCUUUAACACAGCCAGUGCUCUCCACUUGGGUUCAGUAACUGGCUGGCAGCAACAACAUCUACACAACAUGCCACCAUCUGCCCUCAGUCAGUUGGGAGCUUGCACUAGCACUCAUUUAUCUCAGAAUACAAAUCUCUCCCUGCCUUCUACUCAAAGCCUCAACAUCAAGUCCGAACCUGUUUCUCCUCCUAGAGACCGUACCACCACGCCCUCGAGAUAUCCACAGCACACGCGCCACGAGGCAGGAAGAUCCCCUGUUGACAGCUUGAGCAGCUGUAGUAGUUCCUACGACGGAAGCGACAGGGAAGAUCACCGAAAUGAAUUCCACUCUCCCAUUGGACUCACCAGACCUUCGCCGGACGAAAGGGAAAGUCCCUCUGUGAAGCGCAUGCGGCUCUCUGAAGGAUGGGCAACAUGAUAACUUUACUAGUUAUUAGAGGUUUUUUUUUCCUUGCAGUGCGUGUGUGUGCUAUACCUUAAUGGGAAAGGGGGAGGGGGGGUCAAUAUGCAUUAUAUGUGCUGUGUGUGGGGGGGAAAAGUCAGGUACUCUGUUUUGUAAAAGUACUUUUAAAUUGCCUCAGUGAUACCAUAUUAAAAGAUAAACAGCAAUGCUGAAGAGAUGCUUCGCACUUGAGUUGUACAACAGAUCACUUGUACAAAAUAGGUUUUAAGGUUAACUUCUUUUUACUGUUGUGCUCCCUUGCAAAAUGUAUGUUACAAUAGAUAGUGUCAUGUUGCAGGUUCAACGUUAUUUACAUGUAAAUAGCCAAAAACAGAAAAAAAGGAGGCAUUUGCCCAACCCUGGGCAGAUCUUUACUGAGAGAAAAAGUGGCUGUUAUGCAACAUAUAGAAAAUGUACAGAUGUUUUUGGAGACCCAGAAAUCGGGUGACUAAGAAAAAAAGAAAAGAAAAGAAGGAAAAAUUUAGGACACUUAGUGUAUCUGAAAAUGCUCACAAAUGUGUUGGCAUAUUGUAUGAGUAUGGCACUCAGUUAAACGGAUCAAAAUCAUUUAAAAGAGGACCAUACUUGUAAAAAAAAGUUUUUUGGGUUCUUUUUUUUUUAGUGUGAGGGCUAACCUAUUUAAUUUUUUUAAAUUCUGGGUCUGGAUCACUUAUUAAAUAAAAAUAUUAAAAUAUGUAAAUUACAUUUUCCUUAUUUUCAUAUUAAAAAGUAAGACAGAGUUUGCAAAGCAUUGUGGCUUUUUGUAGUUUACACAAGCCAAAAUGUGUUUUCCCCCUUCAUAGCUUUGCCAAUAUUUUAAACAGCCCUGAAGGAAAAAAAAAAGGGGGGGGGGACUUUUUGUAUAGAAAGCACUACCCUAAGCCAUGAAGAACUCCAUGCUUUGCUAACCAAGGUAACUGUUUUCUCUUUGCAGAAAUUUUGUUUUUGAAAUGUGUAUUUCUAAUUAUAUAAAAUAUUAAGAAUCUUUUAAAAAAUCUGUGAAAUUAACAUGCUUGUGUAUAGCUUUCUAAUAUAUAUAAUAAUUAUGGUAAUAGCAGAAGUUUUUGUUAUCUUAAUAGUGGGGGAAUUAUAUUUGUGCAGUUGCACAUUUAAGUAACUAUUUUUCUCCUUUCAGUUUGUCUUCUAAUCGGAAUAAAUUUUACAGAAUCAGUCAGCUGUUGAAGGCUAAUCUGCGAAGAUUAGGAUUUUCCCUUCUUAAAGCAGCCCAUAUAAUUCUAAUACAUCUGCAGUCAAUUUUGCAUCUGAAUAGUUCCAUCGUAUAUUUGACCAUGUUCAAGGCCCUCUUCCUACCUUAUUUAUGUCUUGCGUAUCUUGAGGCUUUCUGCCCUUUAGAUCACAAUGUGGUUCAACUUUGUCUUGCUUCUAUAAAUUUGACAAAACUGACAAUCUUUUUGCCAUAAGAGGUAACUCAGAAGGCUUGCACAUUCCCAAACAAAAUGGAAAUCUGGGGUAGCAUCAAAGUGAACAUAAUUUAAAAAUCCAAUAAUUAUCCCAAAUUUGAUACCCUAACUGCAAUUAUUGUGCUCAACAUUUAGUAGGUUAUCCCAGAAGCACAGGCAGAUUUGGAUUCAAAUGUGGUCAAAGAAAAGUGCCUUGGAUGGCCCUUCCAACUCUGUGAUUCUUUAUCUCUGCAAGUUUCAUACAGAAUAAUGAAGGACAGGAGUAGCAGCAAAAGCUCACCAAUUCAACUUCAUUCUGGCUAUAAAUGUUGAGUUGUUUAUGACCCAGGAUGGAUUUAUACAUGCAUUACAUUACUUACAACACCGUCAUGUAUAGGUAUACUGUGAAAUAAAUCUUAUUAAGGUCAAAGGGAUUUAUUUCCAAAUGACUGAAUAUAGGUUCACUCAGUAUUUUGCUAUGCAACACUUCAUGGCUUAUGGCUGAAUGUAUGGACCAACUCCACUGAAAAGUGUUGUGCUUAUUUUGACGUCUGUAUUUAGUUGGUGUGACAGUUACAAUGUGAAGCACAUGCAUCAUAUUGAAUAAUGGACCUGAAUUCCACAGUUCCAUUCAAAUGUAGUGCUGCUGUACUUUCUUUGAGCAAUCAGUCCUGCUAUGAAAAUUGACCAUCAUAAUCUUCUGACCUAAAAGGUUUGGUCAUCACAGAACAACAUCCAUUCUGUUCUACUUUCCCCUUAUUGAAGAAAGCAGCUUGCCAAUGUUAUUUUGAGCAGGAAUAAGGCCCAUGAACAAUAAGUUAAGCAUAUCUUCCUUACCCACAGUUUCUACCCAUAUUUUUAAUGAAGAAUAGUAUCAGAAUAAAAUUAUGCCUGAACAGGAUAUCUGAUUUAUCUUUGACAUUAACACAUAUUAUUUAUAAUUUAACAGGAAUAGAAAUGCAUGAAGUUAUGUCAUUUGCUGUAAACACUUCUUUCCUUCACACAUACUGGGACUGAGUCUUGAAAGGAAGCAUUUUUUUUCCAUACUAAAAGAUGUGUGAAAGGUAUAUCUGGCUUCCCUGUGCUGUGGGAGAGUCUUUGUGUGAGACUGCGCUGUGGGACACUUAGAUUAUUUUAUUCUUUAUCAUUGUUUUACAUUCCUUGGAGCUUUGAGAUCUGGUGUGCAGAUUAGGUCUUGGUUGUCCCCCCUGCUGAGCUGAGUAUCAGAGUAAGUGCUACAAGUGAUGUAGCUUAUUUUCUUUCUUGGGAGAGAAGGGCAGGGUAGAAUUGUAAGAUGGAAGAAAUUGGAGUAAUUUCUAAAAUGUUAGAGGCAAAGCAUAGCUCAUGAUGCAGUUGUUCUUAUAAUUGCUUUACCACAAUUUGGAUACAGUAUCAGUAUAAAGCAGAGCAAAGAACGUGGAGGGCUAUUCACUUUUUAUCGUUUAAUCCCAGUUGCUGAUUAGUCUGUAAUACCUUUCCAGAGUCAUGAACAAGAAUUAGCAAAUCUGUGUGACUUUGGCAAAUGUUAGGCAUAUAGAUGGAUAUGUCUGACAGAAGGAUACAAGCUGUGAAAACUCUGUUUGAUUAAGGAUACCAACUGAAUAUAGGUGUAAGGCGCUGUUCAUUUUUAACAGCAAUCAAUAAUAAUGAUACCUAUAGAUUUACAGUUCCAUAUGCAAUGAUUACCACAGCCGUCAUAGCUUAUGAUUUCAUGCUGGCUCAGCAGUUCCUUUGUCUUAUCCUAAGCAUUUAUUGACUAGCACGGAAAAUCUUAGGACAAUGCUGAAGCCAUGUCAUUUGCAUAUACGCUCUAGGUAACAGAAAAACUGCUCUGAUAAUGCUAAUUUUACCAGUGACUUUUAAAAGAUAUGCGUGCAUUAAAAGGAAGUGAGAAUGGGGCCAAUAUUUGAUUCUCCUAACUUCAGUCAGGGUUCCAAAUGAUCAUCUUCACAUUUAUCACCACUUCAGAAUGUUCAUCUUCAACACACACACACACACACACACUGUGUGUGUGUGUGUGUAUAUAUAUAGUCAUUUAAAAAAAAGAAAAAAGUAAUAUUUGACUUACUGGUAUGGUUGUAGUUUGCCAGUGUGAGUGGGUGAGAGUCAGAACGACAGCCAUAUACAUGCACACACAAAAGGACCGGACCAUUGAGCCUAUAGAUGUGAGGGGUUCUGUGCGUGUGAGUCAGUGGAAGCAAACUCCUCCCACUCAGCCAGGCAAUUGUGACCCUGAACACAGCCCCGGACCUGAAUUGUGCAAGAAUGAAUACCAGUGUUUCUUUUUCCACUACUGAGCUAAACUGAAAUACAGGGGCACAAAAGCUAGGGUUAAUUGAACACUGUAAAUGAAUUUAAUUAAUAAAGAAGCACAAUGUUUAAUGGUGAUGUUCCUUUCUAGAAGCUUUAGCAGUCAAUCCUGAACUGUUCUUUUUAUCUAUACCUUAACCAUUUCUGGCUAAGCUACUAUUGGGGGACUUAUGGUGUGAUUCUUCUAGAUUUAAGCAGUUUUGGGGCAGUGCCCCAAAAAAGGAUUGAGGCUGUCUUCAACACAUGCAGGACAAAAUUAAAGGCAACAUGCAAUAGCCAAAAGAAUGCCUUCUCCCCUCAAGCUGAUCUUUAUUUGGAAAAGGCUUAUUAAUGAAGGGUUAAAACCUAUUUUCUGAUGACAGUAGUAUGAUAUACACCAUCCUUUCCAAAUCUGGUGCCUUUCUAAUACAGUGUCACAGUACAAUUCCCACCCUAAAAGCAAAUAGGCAUUGGCCAUGUUAGCUGGGCAGGAUGGUGUUUGUAAUCCAUAUAUGAAGAGCACUGGGUUGGAGAAAGGUAAUAGAGAACGAUCUGCACAGAAUUAUAUAUGGUAUGCAUUGAUGCCUUUCUCAGAAAAUGAGUUUUUAAAAUCAUUUCAGUCCUUUAUCAAAGGUUUUCUCCUCCUCCUCCUCCUCCUCCUCCUCUCGGUAACCAAAUGAUUUCUAUUUUUCUCAGAAAUGGAAUUUAAAAUUUUUAAUAAUACAGUCAUAUCUGCUGUUUUUCAGAGCUUUUUUUUUUCAAGCAAAGCUAAAAUGCAAGAAUAAAACAACUGUUAUGCUGUUUUCAAGAAUGUCAAGAACCCCUUUUUGUAUUGUUUGCCUUUGUCUUAGCUUUUAUCCAUCUUCCUAAUAGAUGCAACAGUGUGGUUUUCUUCUCUUUUCUUUCUUUCCUCCGGCCUCUAGAAGGCAAAUGCUUUGUCUUUGUGUCCCAAAAAGCCACUUGAAACCUCAAUAAACGCUGUUGCCUAAACCCAGCAUAUUCAUCUGCUCCCAUUUUAUGCCAUCUGCAGUGACAUCUUCACGUCUGUGGCCUCCAUCUGACACUGUGGUUCCCUCGAACAGCUCAUGGAAUGUGGGUGUCAGUUGAGAAGACCUCACUCUCAAACUAAUAAUAGGCUUUUGUGAACAUAUUCUAACCAAAGAUGUGGAGCAAUCCAAGCAUAGAAUUGCACACUUUGUAUCAAAUUCUCUACAUCAUGAUGAGCAUAACCAAGUUGUUUAGUUUUGCUGUCCCUGUUCAUAUCUCAGACUGACCAUACUUCGAUUUGAUUCAAAGAUGUCAGUUCAGUGGUAAAGGAAACUCACUUAGCCUAAAAAUAUUUGACUUGGAUUGCUUCAGAUGAUUUCCUUUUGCUUUAUUUUUACUUUAUUUUAAUCCUGGGAAUUUGCUUUAAUUAAAUCAGUGAUAUCCUCCUGCUGAUGGGCACAUACAAGCAUUUGGCAAGAAAUAUUAAGCUUAGAGGCUCACAGCGGCAUAAGCUGGACUUUGUCGCCACUAGAUGACAAGAUAUUAUAACAAAUUUUAAAAUCACACCUGUGUAUCUCAAGAGACUUAAUCAGCUGUCUGUAGUGAACAAUAAAUAAAUAAAUGGGCAAAAAAAUUGAAAAGUUUCUCCUGCUGGACAUAAGGUAUAAUUUGUAUUUUGCAGCCAAAUCAGUAAAGUUACUGGCUUUCUUAGUGA